AUGGACAUCAGUGAUCUCCUUGUCCGCCAUGAGAAGCUCGUUCACCUCAACGAGGGCAGCAAGGAGAAUAAUCGGCCAAGAAAGACUUCAUCCAGCACACACAAUCCGCCAUCUUCCUCCGACAGCCAUGUCGAACACGAAAUGCUGGGCGUUCAGCGCCCACCUCAGCCCCAGUAUCACCAGGAGUCAAUAACGGCCGUGGCAUCCACCAUGGCCCCAGAUCCUCGCAUGCCAGGCCCGGCCCGUGCCGCUGCUUGCAACCUCGAUCUACUUUCUGAUGCGGCUCUGGCCAGCGAAGUGAACCCCAUGCAGCAACCCAUGAUGGCUGAGAUGGGACGUCCGCCUUCCGAUCAUACGAGGAUCAAGUCCUAUGAUGAGUCGAUGGGGUAUCCCGAACGGCCACGGGAGGAUCAGAACAUGCUGGCACCGGGAUAUGUUCCUCAGCCCCAAGCAGCACCUUACGACGACUAUCACAUUUUCCUCGACGACUUUGCGCCCUCUUCGCACUACUUGCCACCUCCGUUCGAGUCUGAUCAGCAGAUGGGGGGACUGUGGCCCCGUGGCGAUAUGCAUCACCGUGGCCCGUCCAAGCCAUCAUCGCAGUUUCCGUCACGGUUCCCUUCGGUUCAGCCGGAUGGUCGGGAGGGUAUCGAAGGUGGUCCAAGGAGCCACGAAGAGUCAAUGAGAGCACCCCUUCGUAUCUCUGCCGUCGACCACACGGUCAUCAAGAACCGACUGGAGGAGUUCUCAUCCGUUAUUCCAAACGACUUUGUCUUUCCGUCUAGACAUACACUCACUCGUUUCCUUGAGGGAUACAUCAGCGGUUUCCACGAGUAUCUCCCGUUCCUGCAUAUACCCACAUUGACGCCCGCCGAGAUGGCACCGGAGCUUCUAUUGGCCAUCUUGGCUGUUGGUGCACAGUACCGAUUCGAGAGCCACCGGGGUCAUGCGCUGUGGUAUGCUGCAAAGGCUGUUGCGCUCGAGCAGAUUCGAAGGAGACAUAGUCAUGAGGUACAUGCUCUUUUACCGACGCCCGCUGCGUACAGCCCACACUCGACCCGACCUUCUCCCAGCUCUGGCUUUAGGCAUACCUUUGCCUCGGCACAGCAGGAUCGCCCGAUGACACAGGACACUCAUCGCGAGCCGUUCUCGCCAAACACUCCGCAAGCUCGUCUUGAGACCACACAGGCUGUCUUGCUGCUCUUCGCAGUCGGGCUUUGGGGAGCGAAAGCAAUCUUGCAUGAGGCUCUAUCUCUUCAGAGCCACCUUGCUAUGCUCGUUCGCGAAGAGGGUCUGAUAGCCGAGUCCAGCCCGGCCGUUGCACCGGAUUGGGAGACUUGGAUUCGACUUGAGGGAGCUACGCGCACCAAGCUCAUAGCUUAUUGCUUCUUCAACCUGUGCAGUAUCGCGUACAACAUGCCGCCUCUUAUCCUUACUUCGGAGCUUGGCCUAUUCUUGCCCUACCCGUCCAGGCUGUGGAGGGCUGAAUCGGCAUGGCAGUGGCAGGAAGACAGACAAAACUAUCCUUCUGUCGAAAUCACCGUCCACGACGCCUUCUCCAGAGUCCUAACGACUUCGCCCCAGGGCUUGCCUCCGCACAUGUCAUCCCUCGGAAACUAUGUCCUUAUCCACGCAUUGCUUCAGCACAUUUACCUGCUGAAACAAACUUCAUUCGCACUCAGCUCGCCGUUUGGGCCACAGAGGGGAUUGAAGCCGGAGGAUGUGGAAGAGGUCACUGCUGCACUGAGGAUAUGGCAGGUGAGCUUCGAACACCGACACCAAUUGAGGGCGGCCGACGCGGGGCAUGUGGGCAACAGCGACUCGUUCCCGGGUGGUCCGGUAGCGUUCAACUCUACCGCACUCCUGCGCUUGGCAUAUAUCCGUCUAUACACCGAGAUCCCGCCCAACCGAUCCCUCGAGACCAGGGAUCACAUGCUAGUUGCUUCGUCGUUGAGCAAUAUGCCCCUCCUUGUCCGUACGUUGAGAUUGCAUAGAGCCGUGUUCCAGGCCAUUCAUGCUUUGUCCAUGUUGGUCAAGGCCGGCGUCAACUAUGUUGCGAGGACCAAGAGCCUGGAAUGGAGCAUUCAACAUUCCUUGUGCAACUUCGAAUGCGCCAUUCUCUUAUCUAAAUGGCUCCUUACUCUCGCAUCGAUCGGACCGAAUGACCCCCCUGCGACCCCCGAAGAAAAGAAUCUCCUACAAUCGGUCAGGAGAAUGCUGGACGAGACGGAAUUUGCUGUGCCCAUCGAUCCAUCCCUGGGUGGGCCUACCACCGGCCAACCUGCCAACAACGAGGUGUCUGCGAACGACAGCACAAGGUUGAGACAGCUAGCUGCAGCGGUCAUCAGGCUCUGGGCAGAGACAUUCAAGGGCUCGCACAUUUUCGACAUGGUCAGAGUAAUGGGAUCAAGCCUGGAUGGGUAUGCUGAUUUGGUCGAGAAGCCCCGCGACAGAACACCCCUGGGACGCAUUGCCCAUGACCCAAAUCUUGGAUAA